GCGAUAUGUCAUUGCCUGAGGUCCGAUUCAAACUGCAGAGCUAAGGGCGCCAGCUGAGACUGACUGACUGAGGGAGCGGUGACUGUGCGGCUCAGGAUCAAAAAUGGAUGACUCUGAAGUGAUUUUGAAGCUCCGUAAGCAGUUGAAAGAAGCAGAGGAGGAGAGAAUAAAGGCUGCUCAAUAUGGGUUAGAACUGCUGGAGAGUCAAAGUGAUCUGCAAAAUCAGUUGGAGGAACAGCGCACUGAAAUGACCAGCACCAUUGAGAAUUUGGAACAAGAAAAAUACUCUCUUCAGAGAGAGGUUGAGCUGAAAAAUCGAAUGCUGGAAAGUUUAACUUCUGAAUGUGAAAAUAUAAAACAGCAACAGAAAAUUGUUCUGGAACAGUUACAUGAACAAAUGGACAGGACCCAUAAUAAAGAAGUUGGUGAAAUGAAAGAUAAGUUGGAGAAGAUGAAAGCUGAAUUGGAUGAAGCUCGACUAAGUGAAAAGCAACUUAAGCACAAAUUGGAUUACCAGAGUGAGGUGCUGGCUAAUAAAUCUGAGGAGUUGCGAAUCAUGUCUGAGCGUGUCCAUGAAACGAUGUCUUCAGAAAUGUUAACACUUCAGCUGGAAAAGACUGAACUUGAAAGUGCAAAGGCUAUUUUAGAUGAGGAGAUUAAUGAACUGCAGUAUCGGCAACAACAGCUUGUACUUGCUAAUUCCAACCAAAGCCGACAACUGGAUCGUCUCCAGGAGGAGAAGGAUGAACGAGAAAAAGAAGCUGUUGCAUACUUUAGUGCCUUAGAGAAAGCUCGUGAGGCAAACCAAGAACUUCAAAUUCAGCUUGACCAAGCUUUACAACAAGCUCAAGACCCCAACAGUAAAGGGAACUCCUUGUUUGCAGAGGUGGAGGAUCGCAGAGCUGAAAUGGAGCGUAAUUUGAUCAGUAUGAAAGUUCAGUAUCAGUCACUUCAAAAACAACAUGCAUUCUCCAGGCAACAGAUGCACCGAAUGAAGGUUCAAAUUGCAACAUUGCUACAACUGAAAGGUUCUCAGACAGAUCCUGGCCAGCUGGAGCGAUUACAGUCAAUGGUUGCACAGAAGAACAGUGAAAUUGAAACACUUGUUAUGAAAGUUCGGCAGUUGGAAAAAUGUCAGCAAAAUUCUGAAACUGACUCAUCAGGCAUGAACAGUGGCAAUCUGGGACAAGGUGAUGAGACCUACUACGUUGAUUUGCUUAAAAUGAAACUUGAAAAUUCUAGUAAGGAAAUUGAAAAAAUAAAAGAUGAGUUGUCCUUGCAACGUAUGAAGGCCUUAGCAGAAAGCCAGCGUGUCUUGGAGUUGGAACGCAAGCUUUUUACAAACGAAAGACAUCUUAAACUCUCACAAGGAGAAAAUAUGAAACUUCGUGUCGGCUUGGAUGAAAUAAAAAUGAAAUAUGAGCCUGAUGAAAUGGUUAAACUCAGAAUCCAAAAACGAAGGCGAGAACAGCUUCCUCUUGAUUGCCCAUCUGAAGAUGCACCUGAUAAUGUCCCAGCAGGCAACUCUGUUGACGUUUCUAAUGCUGUUAAGGAAGAGGAAGGCUGCACCACAGAGCCAUCAGCAAAUGGUUCAUCUGAAGACCAUAUUGUGUCUGUAGAAGAGCAACUGGUAGAGUCUGUCUCCAUAAACCAGAAAAAGUCAACAAAUGGCCAACCAGUGAAAGAAAGAAAGAGAGUGAGAAUUAUGGAAGAUGAGAAUCAAGUUCACAGUUUUAAUAAAAGUAACACAAAUGACUGCUCCGUUGCAUCCUCUCCCCCCAGGUCUGAAGAUUCAAGAUUUGAAACAAAGAAGCUUGAUGAACGAGAGAUGAGAAAGCAUGAGAGGAAAUCAAGAAUAAAAGCUCAGCCUGUUCUACAUGUGUCUUCAAAACCUGCUUCAGUAACCCAGUGUCCACAGCAAUAGGCAACUCUUGUCUCUUGUAGUUUGUAUAUAUACUU